AAAGGCGGCUUCAAACACUACCAAUUGCUUCUCUCAUCCACUUUCCUCUCUCUCCUCCAUCACCGGUGAACUCGAUCUCCAAAUUCCCCAUUCUUAAAGUUGCUGCCAGUGUUCCUUAGAGAUUCUACGAAAUAUGUCAUCUUUAGACAGCCAGAAUUUCGAAGAAGGGCAAGUUAGUCAACCAGUAUGCCUUGCCACCAAUGUCACUAGUGGUACGGAUUUGAGUAACGGAAAUAGUCUUUCUAGGAAUGAGACGAAGGUUUCCGACGUCUUACCCUCUUCGGACCCUGCUCUACCUGGAGCCUCGUCCUACCGGUUGCCCAUUUCAAAGAGUCAGAAUCGAAUCGUUGGUGGUGUGAUUCAGUCAGAGGGAUCUUGUCGUCGCUUUACACUGGAUGAGGUACAAGUAGCUACUAACAUUUUUGACGAUGCAUUGGUUAUCGGGAUUGGGGGAUUCGGUAAGGUAUAUAAAGGGUUCAUCAGUAAUGGUGCCUCAACUACCGUUGUUGCCAUAAAGCGGUUGAAUGCCGAGUCCAACCAAGGAGCUGAAGAAUUUUGGACAGAGGUAAAAUUGCUUUCAAAGUUCCAUCAUUUUAAUCUUGUUUCGCUCAUCGGUUAUUGCAACGAAAAUCAUGAGAUGAUUCUUGUUUACGAAUAUAUAGCACUUGGAAAUCUCGCCAAUCAUCUUUACAAAUCCAGUAGAAAAGAAAGUAGUAAAAGUAUAUCUCAUCUAACAUGGGCUCAAAGGCUCAACAUUUGCUUUGGUGCUGCACGAGGACUCGACUAUCUUCAUACUGGUACCGAACAACGUAUCAUACACCGAGAUGUGAAGACCACAAAUAUUUUGUUGGACGAGAAUUUGGUAGCAAAGAUUUCUGAUUUUGGGAUAUGUAAACUCAUUACAAGCCAAGCAACAACCCAUGUUAGCACAAAAGUAAAAGCAACAAGAGGAUAUUGGGAUCCAGAAUAUUUCAUCACUGGUCAAGUAACUAGGAAAUCUGAUGUGUAUGCCUUCGGAGUCGUGUUGUUGGAAGUCUUGUGUGGUCGGCCACCGUUAGAUGAUAGACUCGAGGAGGAACAAAUUAGUCUAAUUAAUUGGGCAAAAAUGUACAUCGAAAAGGGAAAGCUUGACCGAAUCAUCGAUCCCUCUCUUAAUGGAGAAACAACACCACAUAGUCUUAAGUACUUUGCAAAACUUGCGAACAAUUGUUUAAAUACUGAACCAAAGAAAAGGCCUACAAUGUCUGAAGUAGCGAAGAGCCUUGAGAUUGCAUUGGUAUUGCAUGAGCGUAAGGGAAGAUCGCAGGGAAGUAUUGCAAAGGCGUUUCAGGGCAUAAAGCUUGUGCCUAUGGGUAUGGGUAUGAAUCGUUGGUUGAGAGCAGGGGAGAGCAACGGUUUAAACAAUGGUGGAGUACCAAUUUUAGAUGUCCUUACCCAAUCGGUAUACCACCGUUUCUCACUUCCGGAGAUUCAGGCUGCCACAAAUGAUUUCAAUGACGGUCUUUUGAUCGGCCGAUAUAGUUGGUUUAGGUCAUACAAGGGAUGUAUGGCGGGGGGAACUCGUGCAGUUAUGAUCAAACGGUACGAAGCGAGAGAGGCACACUCGGCCAGACUAGUUAGUGCCGAGAUUGGGGUACAAUCACUUCCUCGUCACGCUAACAUAGUCUCUUUGAUGGGAUUUUGUAAAGAGAAGCAUGAGUUAAUCCUCGUGUACGAUUACAUGGUAAAUGGGACAUUGGAAAGUCGUCUCCACGAAACCCAUAACGAUCCACUUCAUUGGAAAAAGCGGCUUGAGAUUUGCAUCGGCAUUGCACAAGGUCUCCAAUACCUCCAUACAAACAAAGAGCAACAAUUCGUCCACCGUGACAUAACAUCAUCAAACGUUUUUUUGGACAAUGAAUGGGUCGCGAAAAUUGCCGCUUUUGAAAUGUCCUUACCGAUUCACAAUAGCAAGGCAACUAAGGGUGUGGAAACAGCUGUGUGUGGCACAUAUGCAUAUUUGGAUCCUGAGUACCUGCGCACUUCUAAAGUGACAAAGAAAACUGACGUGUUUGCUUUCGGCAUCGUGUUGUUGGAAGUAUUAUGUGCUAAGACCCCUUUUUCUUCCAACCAAAACAAGAAUGAGCUUUGGUGGAAUGAGAUUUGGUUAGUUGAUUGGUUCCGCGUAUGCGUCGGAAUAGGAACUAUCGAUGAGGUGAUUGAUCCAUACCUUAUCGGAAAAAUCGCUCCUGAAUGUUUUAGGCACUAUGUCAAUCUAGCUCUAAGCUGCCUGCCUUAUGAGGGGAUCCGACGCCCUUCUAUGAAAGAUGUGUUAGACAGCCUUCAAUGUUCAUUGAAAAUGCAAGAGGCUUGGGAAAAUUCCAUCGAGAUGGGUGAUGAGUUACAUAUGGCCGACGGCCCUAGAUCCUACAAUGACAUCAUUUCUGGCGAAAGCGAGUUCAUAAUCGGUAGACAGAAAUAUCUUAUUUCAGAUUUGGUUCCACCAUGGAGUGCUAUAUCCUCAUCAGGAUACUAGUCAUCCUCAGGGUAGAAAUUGUAAUGGAUCCAAUCACUAACCUAGUAUUUCUGCACUUUAGGGUCUGGGAUUUUCACACAAUCCUUAAAUAAUGUGGUUGAUUUCUUAUGUAAAUAUUUGUAUUUAUCUAGUUUUCCAAAUUACCUGAUAAAUUAGUAUGGUGGACUGUUAUAAUUAAUUUUUUUUUUCAAGGUCUGCUGGUGGACUGCUUGGUUGUGGUGGGUAUCUUGCUAUGAUCAACAUUUUUGCAUAA